AUGGGAUUUACCGCCGUUUGGAUCACGCCCAUCGCGAAGCAGCUCCCACAGUCGACCAGCGAGGGAACGGGCUAUCAUGGCUACUGGCAACAGGACAUGUAUGUUCAGUUCCGAUUCAAGCAGGGUUUACAGAGACUCAAUGAUGAUAGAUAUGAUGUGGACGAACAUCUCGGGACGGCUGAUGAUGUCAAGGCGCUGUCAAAGGCCUUGCACGAUAGGGGGAUGUACUUUAUGCUUGACGUCGUUGCCAAUCAUAUGGGAUACAACGGCCCUGGUAGUUCGACUGACUUCACCACCUUCAACCCCUUCAACUCGGCCUCCUACUUCCACUCCUACUGCCAGAUCAGCAACUACAACGACCAAACUCAGGUUGAGAACUGCUGGUUAGGAGAUGAUACUGUCUCUUUGACUGAUCUUUACACGCAAAAGACUGAGGUCCGGACGAUCUGGUAUGAUUGGGUCAAGGAUCUUGUUAGCAAUUACACUGUCAAGCAUGUCGAAAAGGACUUUUGGCAGGGGUACAGCCAAGCCGCCGGAGUCUAUACGGUGGGCGAGGUCCUUCAUGGCGAUCCAGCGUAUACCUGCCCUUACCAGGGAUAUAUCGACGGCGUGAUGAACUACCCUAUCUACUUUCAACUUCGCGAAGCAUUCAAGUCCUCCAGCGGAAGUAUUGCUAACCUGGUUAACAUGAUCAACUCGGUGUCCUCGAGCUGCCAAGACCCGACUUUGUUAGGAAGCUUUAUCGAGAAUCAUGAUAAUGCUCGAUUCCCUAGUUUCACUUCUGAUAUGUCCCAGGCGAAGAGCGUCAUCGCCUAUGUCUUCUUCGCCGAUGGAAUCCCUAUUAUUUAUGCCGGCCAGGAACAACACUAUGCAGGCGGGGAGGACCCUUAUAACCGCGAGGCUCUCUGGCUUUCAGGCUACUCCAAAGACUCCGAGCUGUACAAAUUCAUUUUGACGGCAAACAAGAUCCGAAAGCUUGCGAUCUCCAAGGAUUCGAAUUAUCUAACCGCCCGGAACAAUGUCUUCUAUACCGAUAGCAAUACGAUUGCAAUGCGUAAAGGCUCUGGUGGCUCCCAGGUGAUAACCGUCCUUUCCAACUCGGGCUCGAAGGGCGGUUCGUACACGCUCGAUCUCUACAACCACGGGUACAGCUCUGGCACUGCACUGGUCGAGGUGUACACGUGCUCCUCCAUCCAAGUGGGAUCAAAUGGCAACAUCCCUGUUCCGAUGGUAUCAGGGCUUCCUCGGGUCCUUGUUCCGGCCUCCUGGGUCAUGGGGAGCGGGCUGUGCGGAAGCUCAUCAAGCACUACCCUGACUACUACCACACGAACCACUACGUCCACGGGCUCCGCGAGCUCAACGAGCGCUUGCACAUCGGCUACUGCGCUUCCGAUUACGUUUAACGAGAAGGUGACGACCUCGUAUGGGGAGAGCAUCUUCCUUGUUGGGUCUAUUCCUCAGCUGGGGAAUUGGAACACAGGAAAUGCAGUCUCUCUUUCUGCGAGCGGGUAUACUUCCACAAAUCCCGUCUGGAGCGUAACGGUAAAUCUUCCUGUGGGAACCUCCUUUCAAUAUAAAUAUCUCCGGAAGAACCAAGAUGGCUCAGUGGUCUGGGAGAGCGAUCCAAAUCGGUCCUAUACUGUGGGGAGUUCUUGUGCCGGGGCUGAGGCGUCGGCGAGUGAUUCAUGGAGGUGA